AUGGACACUGACGGGGCGAAGAGGACGCUGUUUGGGAAAUGGCACGCAGUGUGCCGUUUUGCGUUGCUCACUUGUGUCUUGGACGCAGCCUGGGGACAGAUCCGCUACUCUAUCCCUGAGGAGCUGGAACAUGGGGCUUUUGUUGGCAACAUCGCAGAGGACCUGGGCUUGGAUUUGAACAAGCUCUCUGCGCGCAGAUUCCGGAUAGUCUCAGGUGCCAGGAAGCAGUAUGUGGAGGUGAAUUUGGAGAAUGGAGUUUUAUUUGUCAAUGAAAGAAUUGAUCGUGAGGAACUAUGCGAGCAGAGUUUGUCUUGUUCUUUUCACCUGCAAGUAGUGAUAGAAAACCCUCUGGAGCUGUACAGGGUGGAGAUGGAAAUACUGGAUGUAAAUGAUAACUCUCCCAGUUUCCCGUGGACCGAGUUUAAUCUGGACAUAUCAGAGUCUGCUGUGCCAGGAUCUCGUUUCCCACUUGAGAGCGCACAGGAUUUGGAUGUCGGAUCCAACUCGUUACGCACCUAUUUGCUGAGCGUAAAUGAGCACUUUCUUUUGGACAUACAGACGCGCAGUGAUGGCAGUAAAUUUGCAGAGCUUGUCCUUCAAAGCCCACUGGACAGAGAACAGCAAAGUGCGCAUCAAAUGGUUCUAACUGCGGUGGACGGGGGUGCGCCGGAGAGAUCCGGCACUGCGCAAAUUGAUAUCACCGUUUUGGAUGCAAAUGAUAACGCGCCUGUGUUUGAUCAGUCCUUUUACAGAGUGAGGCUGGCAGAAAACGCACCAAAAGGUACUGUAGUCAUAAAACUCAAUGCGUCUGAUUUAGAUGAGGGUCCUAAUGCUGACAUAACCUACUCAUUCAGCGGACACGCGCCCCUAAAAGUGCGCCAGCUCUUCAGCGUAGACGCGCGCACGGGGGAAAUCAAAGUCAAAGGAGUGAUAGAUUAUGAAAAAGCAAGGAUGCAUGAAAUUUAUGUCCAGGCUAAAGAUAAGGGCCCAUCAGCUGUGGCGGUCCACUGCAAAGUGCUGGUGAACGUGUUGGAUAAAAACGACAACCUCCCAGAGGUGAUCCUCACAUCAGUGUCCACACCUGUGCAGGAGGACGCGCCCCCUGGGACUGUGAUAGCAGUCAUCAGCGUGAUGGACAAGGACUCAGGUGAGAAUGGGAAUGUAGACUGUGAGAUCCCCCAUCACGUCCCAUUUCAGCUUCACUCAUCCUUUAAGAACUACUACACAUUAGUAACUUCUGAUUUUCUGGACAGAGAGGCUGUGGCAGAGUACAACAUCACUCUCACUGCCAGAGAUAUGGGCUCUCCACCUUUAUUCACGCGGAAAACUAUUCUGGUCCAAGUGUCUGAUGUGAAUGAUAACGCGCCUCGCUUCAAACAGCCCUCAUAUACUGUGUAUCUGACUGAGAAUAACGCGCCGGGUGCAUCCAUCUGCUCCGUUACUGCGCAGGAUCCAGAUUCUGGUCAGAACGCAUACCUCUCCUACUCUAUAAUGGAUGCAGACAUACAGGGCAUGGCCAUGUCCACGUAUGUGUCCAUAAACUCAGACAACGGGAACAUUUACGCACUGCGCUCAUUUGACCAUGAGCAACUUAAAAACUUCCAGAUCACAGUCCAAGCGCAGGACGCUGGUUUCCCGCCUCUGAUCAGCAACGUUACAGUGAAUAUCUUUAUCCUGGACCAGAACGACAACGCACCUGUUAUCGUGUCACCAGUUACGCAAAAUGGCACAGCACCCAUCGAAGCGCUGCCCAGAUCUGCAGACGCGGGUCACCUUGUCACCAAAAUCAGCGCAGUGGAUGCAGACGCGGGUCAGAACUCGCGUCUCUUUUAUCAGAUGCUGCAAGCAACAGAUCCGAGCUUGUUUAGCGUGGCUCUGUACACGGGGGAAAUCAGGACAAUCCGCCAGUUGGUGGAGAAAGACCCCACGAGGCACAGACUGGUCAUUCUCGUGAAGGACAAUGGUCAGCCGCCCCUCUCGGCCACAGUUUCCAUCAUUCUGUCAGUGGUUGACAGCCUGCCAGAUUUACAGCCCGAUUUGGGUGACCUGUCACUAAGCCCGCAUCACAGCUCCAACUUUACCCUCUACUUAAUCGUGUCUUUGGGCGCAAUCUCCUUCACGUUUCUAGUGGCUAUAAUCGUCCUGGUUACAGUGCGCAGACUGAAGGGCAGACCGUCCAACAGAGAGUCCAACUUCCCCUCCAUGAGCGCGUGCUGCUGCGGGUGCUGCACGCGCACAGAAGCAUCCACCACCACGGAGGUGUUUAAAAAGUCCAACUUGAACGUCCGGAUGUCUGCAGGCGCGCCCGGUUGCGCAGAAACAACCAGCAACGGAGCGCAUCCGCAGGUCUACUGCUACAAAAUGUGUCUGACCCCGGAAUCAUCCAAAAGUGACUUCAUGUUCCUCAAGCCCUGCAGCCCGGUGAUGUCAGUGCAGCAGAAUAACGCCAAGAGCACAGAUUAUCUGACCUCUGGCUGGAGCGCGCUGGACCGGAAUGAGCUGGCCAACAACAGAGCAGCGACCCCAAAUGAGCUCAAGUAUUCCAACAAGGAAUGGACCUUGACAAAGAACCAGCGCAACUCAGCGUACAAGAGAUACAGUUCAGCAAACAUGGAGGGCACUCUAACUCGUCAACAAAAAUAUGACACUGAUGGAUUUGCCUGCCCUGUAGCUCCACAGUACUGGACCUGGGGAAACCAUAUGAAAGACUGCAAGAUGUCGCUUCAAGAGGGAGCGGCGCCGAACUACUCGUGGGUUCCAAAGUACACUCAGCCUCAUUCAGAGCCUCCAGAUUAUCAGCACAAUGUCUAUAUACCUGGCACCACAUCUGACUACAGCACCCUGAAGCUGGCACCCAGAGGAGAGCUGGAUGUGUACAACACCUUCUCGACUUUUGGGAAGAAAAAGAGAUAUAUCUCAAACUAUGAACAAACUUUUGACACAGAUGAUGCUAUCAUUAGCAAUGACAUCUUCAAAUGA